AUCUCCACGAUCGGUUCGUUGAUGCGGUCACUAAACUCGGCGGACCCGAUAAAGCAACGCCAAAGUCAGUGCUGAGAUUGAUGGGCAUGAAGGGAUUGACACUGUACCAUCUCAAGAGUCAUCUGCAGAAGUAUAGACUUGGAAAGCAAGCCAGGAAAGAGACAGGAUUAUUGGAUGCCAACAAAAAUGGGAGCUCUAGUGGAGUCAAUUACUCUUCUGCCACUAAUAGCGAUGUCUCAAGAGGAAACAAUGGAGGAGAAAUGCCACUGGCAGAGUCACUGAGAUAUCAAAUUGAGGUGCAAAGAAAGCUACAAGAACAACUGGAAGUACAAAAGAAACUGCAAAUGAGAAUUGAAGCUCAAGGAAAAUAUUUACAAGCAAUACUAGAAAAAGCCCAGAAGAGCCUCUCCUACGACGUAAACGACACAGAGAACAUAGAAGAAAGCCGAGCUCAGCUGACAGAUUUCAAUCUAAAUUUGUCAGGAUUAAUGGAAAAUGUUAGCAAUAUUGUCUCUGAGGACAAUAAGAAGACAGAGUCAGGAAAAGCAAAGGCGCACGUUUCUGGUUUCCGGCUUUAUCAGGAAGAUACUGAAGAUACUGCGGAUGUCAAGUUCCCUAGUGGCGGAGGAUCGCAACAUUUGGAUUUGAAUAUGAAAGGAGGAGGGUAUGAUUUGUUUGGUGGAACUUUAGGAAGUGAACUAGAUCUGCGGAUGCAAUUGCAAGGGAGGUAGAUAUCAACUUGGAUGAGUUGCUAUGGAUGAAUUAUUUUUAUUUGGUUUAUGGGAAUUUUUUAUGUGUAUAAAGUAAUUUUUUUCCCCCGUAUUUAGGCAGCUCUCUGAGCAGAUGAGAUGAAUGCUUGCUUGUGUAAAUUUUGUUCAAUUCAGACGCGUAGAACAUCAAAUAAAAAAGUUCUCUUGAAA